UUCAAUAUGUUUAUGAUAUUCAAAAUGGCGCUUACGAAGAACUUUUGCAUGCGUCGGUUCGACAUCCCGGCUAUGUCGUGGAUUUUGUUGUGUUUGACCACAGUUUGUGAAGAUAUUUAGAUACUCUCUUAGCCGACUUGAUGCUAAGGAAUGUUAUUGUGUAUUUUUGUUGAAAUCGGAUCUAAUUAGCGCUUUAAUUUGGUUCUACUGAAUCCCAAAACCUGCUUCAGUUGCAGACGAGAAUAGAAGGAGGUCUCUAUCUCGUGCGCUCGAGCGAUUACACAGAGAUUUUUUUUUUAUUUCUUCUGAUUCUUCACUGAUUAAAUUGAAUGAGACCAUAUUGCUUAACUCGAUUAUUGAUUGUCGUGUUCUAGGAACCUCUUAGAAUCUUUAAGCUGAAGUCUAUAACAAUGUGACUACCGAGUGCACAGUGUGUUUGCUGAAGGCUUCAAAUAAUUGAUUCAAAUCAUGAUUUCAAUCGGAAAACUGGUAAUUAAAAUUCUUGUGUACAGAAAGGUAUUUGAAUUCUAAAACACUGAAAAGAGUAUGUAUUUGCCGACCAUUAAACUUUUUUAGUGUCCUCGAUGUGAAUUCGAUGAAAAAGUUCAAUGAGUGUUUCAGCAAGGCUAUGGAUAAAGCACAAUACAAGAUGUUUCUUGUUUCUGCGGAGAUGAAUAUCGAGUUUAAUUGCAAGGAAUUCUAUUUGAAAUAUCUUGUUUCCAGAUCAAUCAAUUAAAAGGAGAGAAGGAAAAAACGAGAAAUAGAUGUACGCUGCAAAGAAAAUGGAUUGGUAAAACAAUUUGUCAGUAGUCUGCGAAGCGAACGCAAGCAAUCAGUAAUCAGAGUGAUCGCGAAAACUCGCAUGAUGUUUUAGCAGAUUCACAUUAUAAUUUUCUGCGAGUUCAAUAAAAAGGGGAAGAAAAUGUGUUAAACGUUUUCUCCUCUUUAGAUGAUCAUUUGCACAUUGGAAGAGUGAAGAAAUUGUUUUAUACAACGGACCCCAGAAGAUUUCAAUGUGAGAUUAUUGGCAGUAUCUGCGAUAUUAUUACAGUCGGUGUAUCUGACACCAUGGACAAACAGCUAGAAUAUUGAUUGAAUUGAGUUAAUGUCCAAAAAAUAGUGUGUGCUUUAUGCGAGAAUAAAAAACCACAGUGGGAAAGUAGAUCUGAAAAAAAAAAUGAUUUGUCUACUUAGUAAAAUUCAGAGAGGCUUUUCUAUGUUGAUAUACAUGUGCAUUUGAAGUCUCUCUGGAUUCUGCAUUGUUUUGUGAGCUUGUGUCUAGAGAGCACUGAGUGAGCACUAGUGAGUCCUUUACAACAAAAAAUGGCGUUAACUUCAAGUAGACCACUGUAUAAACAGCGGACUGAAUCGCUGCCCAACACAUUGACCUCUGUUAUGUUUGGGAAUGGUCAAAUCAACCCAGAGGAUAACCCCAACUACCUAGUUUACAAAAAGAUGGAGAGAAUUGUUGAAAUGAUGCAGGAUGAGAAUACAGGUGUACCAGUUAGAACGGUCAAGAGUUUUAUGUCCAAAGUGCCAAGUGUUUUUACAGGUGCUGAUCUAAUCACAUGGAUCAUGAAGAAUAUAGAUGUGGAUGAUCAAGUAGAGGCAGUCCACGUAGCUACUCUGAUGGCAUCCCAUGGCUAUUUCUUCCCUAUAGACGACCAUUACCUGAUUGUCAAGAAUGAUAACACUUACUACAGAUUCCAGACACCAUGUUUUUGGCCAUCUAGGUGUGGAGAACCAGAAAACACAGAUUAUGCUGUUUACUUAUGCAAGAGAACAAUGCAAAACAAACAGAGAUUGGAGCUGGCAGAUUAUGAGGCUGAAAACUUGGCAAGGCUUCAGAAGAUGUUCUCAAGAAAAUGGGAGUUCAUAUAUAUGCAAGCCGAAGCACAGGCAAAAGUGGACAAAAAGAGGGAUAAAUUGGAGAGGAAGGUUUUGGACAGUCAGGAGCGGGCCUUCUGGGAUGUCCACAGACCAGUGCCAGGAUGUGUAAAUACAACAGAAGUUGACAUUAAGAAAGCAUGUCGAAUGAAUCGACACACAAAGAUGAUUCGUGUAAGUAGCAUGCCAAAUUAUGCAGUGCCUGGAGGCAGAAUUAGUCCCAGCAUAUCAGAAGCUGAAUUAUGUAAUCCAUGUGACAAUAUACGACAUGAUAUAAGUCUAUUAAGGAAAAAACUAGAAAAAAGAAGAGUUAAAAUAUCAAAAGUUACUGAAAGUUAUUUAGCGUAUUAUGAGCAGUUUGCAGAAUUUGAUGCUUUUAUAACUGCUCCAGACCCCUCUAAUCCCUGGAUAUCUGACAGUACCGAUUUCUGGGAGCAGGAAAAAACUCUAAAUCCACGAGAUAUUCCCCAGCGAAGGGUAAAGCGAUGGGCUUUCAAUGUAGAAGAAUUACUCAAAGACCCUGCUGGAAAGGACCAGUUUAGUAAAUUUUUAGACAAGGAAUUUAGUGGAGAAAAUCUUAAAUUUUGGUUGGCUUGUAAAGAAUUGAAAGGUUUACCUAUCAGGGAAGUACAUCGCAAAGUACAUGAAAUAUUUACGGAAUUUCUAGCACCUGGUGCACAUAAUCCAGUUAAUGUUGACGGAACCAUCACAGAACUUGUGAGGAACCGAAUGGAAGUUAACCCAACGAGAUACGUUUUUGAUGAAGCUCAGGACCAUAUAUUUAAAUUAAUGAAAAGUGACAGCUAUAGUCGAUAUCUACGAUCUGACCAAUAUAAGGAAUUCCUCAGUGGCACACGGAAAAAACUUGUUCGUAUGAAGGUCGGUUCUUACAUUUUAGUUAUAGAUGUGCCAAUAGCCAAAGCACUGUAUUGUUUCUAAGCAUAAACCUACUGUUGUCUUAAAACUAUACAUAUUCUAAGCUUUCAAAAUUCCAAUUCUUACCAAAUUUUUAACUAUAUACAAGAGUGUAUACCCUCCACUUUCUUAGCUAUUUUGUGCAAGUUCUGAAGACAGUAUUUUAUCCUUGACCUCUUUUCAUCUGAUAAAUUCUUGCUGUGGUUUGCAUUAAAAAAGAGAUAAUUCAUAUACUGUGUCUAUAAAGAGCACAAACAAAAUUGACAUUGGAAAUAUUUUUGAGUACAUGUACUAGCUAAUAUAUCACAUUUUGACGCCAAAUUAAACAUGAUACUAGUAGUCUAUAUCAAAAGAAAGAUAAUGUUUUUUAAAGGCAUUUUUGAAAAAAAAAAACCAUGCAGGUAUAAUUUGAAAGAAACUGAUAACGAAAAGAUAGAAAUGUUCUUUACUAAAUUGCAGAAUGCUUUCUCUCCUUGUGAUGUAAUAACUGACUGUUUAGAUUAUUUUACUAAGUUUUUUGUAUAGAAUACCUUAAGGACAAAAUUCUGGAAAAUACUUGUAUUUCAAAUUUGAAACCAAGUUAGAUGGACAAUAAAUGCAAUAAAACAUUGUUAAAUCUGACAUCGCAUUUUGAUCCAAUGAUUUUUUAUACAGUAAAAAUUUAAAAGCUAGCUAUUUCAUGGAUUCAAAAAGAGACACCAGAGCAAUCAUCAUUAAUAAAUUAAAUAAUUAGUUAAUUAAUUAAUUAAAUAAAUAAAAUGUGCCAUUGGAUUAUGAAUCAGAUUUUGGACAUUUUAAGCAGAUUGUCAGCAAGAACUUUCUAUAUUCUAUUCCAGCUGUAUAAUCAUUUUUUUUUCUUGCACAAGGUUUUGCAAAAAUCAGUAUCACACAUCUAGAAAAGUAUAAUGUCUAAGACUUUUUUUUUUUACAACUAUUUAUUUAGGUAAAGAUAUUUCUUUAGAAUAAUGUGGUAAUUAACACUAAUGAUUAACCAAGAAGUACUACAUGUAGCACUUGCCUUUGUAAAGCUUAUAUAUUAUAUAAUUUAUAUAUGUAUGUAUAUUUUUGCAAAAAUACUUUUAAAUGAAGCUUAUCAGUUUCUUUAUUGAUAAAUUGGUAACAUUCUAAGAUAUAUUCAGCAGUAAAGUAAUUUGCAUGAGCAUCAUUUGCUUGAUGAAUAUCUGUAUGUUUAAUGCCUGCACUCUGUAGUAUUAAUUCCUGGCUGUUUUCCUUUAGUUUUUGAUUUGACUGCAGAUGACUAACACAUUUUGUACUAUGAUGACUGUGUCCCUCGGAGGUGCUACAUAACUGAAAUAAAUUAAACCCUCAUAUUUAUGAUGUACAUGUAUUUUGGAACAUGUUUCCGGAGAAUAUUGGUUUAAAACUAAAUUGAGAAGUCUUAAUUUUCUGUUGUUCAGAAUCAGUAAGAAACCCUGCAUGUUGUGGAGAAGAGGUCUUUUACUUUCUGUCAGUGAUGAGGAUUAAUUUUUACCUUGUCUUUCUUUCUUCUAUUUUUUUUAUGGCAUGCUUUGCAAAUAUUGUACAUUCAUCUAAAUGAGAUAGGGGUUUUACACAGUCCUCAUUGGGAACAUUUGGAUUUGAUGUAAAAGUUGUUUUGAACUAUUAACAUUUGUCCUUGUACAAUACUUUUUACUAACUAACAAGAGUUUUAUGGAUGUUCUCCAGAAUUGUAUACACUUUUAAAGUGCAAUAUAUCAAUAUUUAUUUAAUUGAAGAAAUUUUUGCUGUAUUUGGCUUUUGUUAACAUGCACAGAAAAAUUUACAGAAGAUGAACAAAGAUGUGUGUAUACUUGCAUAAAGUAAUUAAUGAUUUUAUCACAAGGAGGCAUCCAUUUCUCUACUAACCAUUCUUGUUACUACUAAUACUGUGUAUUGUUAAUUGUCCUUUUGUUUCUGACAGACUAGAUCCAUUAUACCAAAGUUACCGAGUUUAAAUCUGGGUGGACAGUGAGCUUGCAUGGAACAUGUUAUUGCACAAUUCAACACCCAUCAUUCAGCACUCAAAAUGGCUUCCCUAUUGUCCAAAGAACUUUAUCCUGAUUGGCUGUAACUGCUUUGCACACCUUUUUGUGUCUGUUAUUGCUACUUGUAUGCUACUUGCUGUAUGGUUUAAGGAAUUUUACACACUUAACUGCUGAAUAUAAUAUUAAACUUUAUGAAAGUGGCUUUGUGAUAAGCCAGCAAAUGAUCUUUGUAUAUGUUUUAUAUGUAGGAACUUUUUAUCCUUGAUCAUUUAAUUGUUUUCAUACAAUUUUUCCCUACCCAUUUUCUAGAUAUAAUUCUGUGUGUUAUCAGUAUAUUUUGAUAUCUAUAUAGUAUAUUGACUUUUUCAGAAUUAUGGCAGGUUUUUUUUUCUCACUUCGUGCAUAUUUACUCAAUUGCAGAGUCGUAAACGGUUGGAGAUAAGAAAAGUAGCCGUUUGACCAGAAUGUGAUUUCUAAGAUGACUGUGUGAUUGACUUAAAUCGGCUUCCAAUUAUUGACCGGAAAAGGUCCAGAUUUAGUUUUAUGUUUAUACUGGACAACAAAUUCACAAUUCUGCUCUCAGACAGCAAUCGUGCUUACAAAGCAAUGAGGAAAUUAGCCAUUUCAGUUGAUAUUUUCUCUUUCAUUUUAAAUUUUCUUCCCAUUACAGGUUAAAGCCAUACAAUAAAAGUCGACCAAAUAUUAAUAUUGCAGCCACAUUCAUAUAUUGGUUGGUUUUAUCCUUUAAUAUGAUAGGUUUUUUUUUUUUCAUUGCUAUGUAUAUGUAUACUUUUAAACGUCUGUGAUAAUUUAAGCUGUAACAAAAACCAACUUCACCAUAUUGUACAGUGUUAUAGGAUUUCAAAUACCUUGCAAAAUGAUGCUCAACUGAAAAUUUUCAUGAUACUUCUCAAGAAGAAAAAAAAAUCUCAAAGGACACAUAAUAUGAUCAGAGAUGAAAAUAUUUGUUUAAUUUUCACCUGUUUUAAUAUAUUAUCUAAAAAUUAAUAUAUUUUUGCUUUUAACAUAUCAAUUAAACCUUCGUGUAAAUUUGUCAUGUUAAAAAAAGGAGACAUACAUACAGGUAUAUAUAUCUACUCUAGAUUUUUGUACAUAUAUAUGACAUACAUGUAUACGUUCGUCCUUGGCUUGUUAUUAUUUUUUCAGGUAUAGAAAUAGAGUGUUUUGUGGUGCUACUUUAUUUUGUGUUCUGGGGCAUUAAAACAUUGGGGUUGUGCUGUAUAUAACAGGUAGAUAUAAACCUAUUUCUGUGAAAACAGAAUGUGAAUAAAAUUUGCAUGAUUUAUAUAUGCAUGCAUAUUCCACAAAUUUUUGAUUAAUGACUAUAUCAAAAAAGUUUUCCAAAUCUGGUAUUUAGUAAUUAUGUAAGCUAGUCGAUGGAAAAAGAGAUUUCUCUUUUUUUAAAAAAAAAUGUGCUUCAUUCUGAAGAAUGCUUCAUUGUACCAUAAAAAAGUAUUAUUCCAUCAAAUGCUGAAAUAACUGCACAACGAAAAGAGCUUUUGUCAUCCAUUUGUUAAAUCAUUGCCAAACAAUUUCUUCGUCUAUGAUUUUAGGGACCAAAAGGUAUGAUGUAAUUAUUACUUAAAGCAACCAAACUAGUAAAGAAAUAAUCUUAAAGAUGCUUAUUAAUGAUUUUUUACAAAUUAAUUUUUUUCCUUGCAUAAAAAUUUCUGGAAAGAAAGAGGUAUAUCUGUUUCAAUAACCUAUCAACUAUUUUUGAAAGUUAUUACCAUGAAUUUCAAUAUAUAUAUGCUUAGAAACUUUAACAUGAAUGUCAAAAAAGGGUACCUAUAGCUACCAUUAUUCUGAAAACUGUAAAGCUCUAAGGGAAAUAGAUAGGUAAAUGCAAAUCACCAUUCAUUGGUGACAACAUAGCAAAAUCUAUGAAAAAAAAGGUCUAUAUCUUAACAUAUACAUCAGUUUGCAUAUUUAAAUGAUACUGAUGCAAUGACUUUUUUGCUAUAGGCAUUUUCACUUGGUCUUUGUUUAAUUAUCACAUAAAUUCAAAGGAGUGAAUCCUCCAUCCAAAAGAAGAGAUUUCACGAAUUUCUUCUCAGAACGCAAAGUUUUGGAGAAAUUCUUAUUUUAUGAAACAUAGAUCCUUAAGGAAAUAUGUUUAUUUGGUGCUAAUUAUAUAAAUUUUAUGGUACUCUGAUAUUUUUUUUUUAUGACAUCCCCGAUUUUUUUUUCAUUAACUGAAUGGUUAACAAAACAAAUGACUUUGUUCUAUUAAGGCAUUUAAUAUACCACUUCAGUGUGUUUUUAAUGAAUGAGAAAGGAUUUUAUUAAUGCUGAAAUUUUCCUUUCAUACAUUUUUUUUUACAACUUUCAUCAAGAAAGUUAAGGUACAUAUAAUUCACAUUCAUUUUGUCUGGUAUUAGUUUUAUGUGUGAAAAGUCUCUUACCAUAAUUGGUCAUACCUGUAUGUAUAUAUCUUAUACUUGUAUAUAAGUACUAGUAUAUUCUAGGACAGGUGAAUGUGAUUAUGUGAGUGUAAUAAACGUGUAAUUUUGCAACGAUGAUACAUGUUUAGAGGAUAUUGUUAUAUUGUUUGAAGGAAAUUAAGACUUUGAUAUGUUUUUAUCAUUGAUUUAUCUCCCCUUGUUGUUUCUCUGAUAGGCGAUCUUAACAGAGAGUAUGUACUGCAUCUUUAUGGAAUAUAAAAUUACCCAUAAAACACAUUGCUGUGAAUCUACAAUUACCACAUUCUGAUUAUAGGAUAAAUAAAUUAAAGCAUUCAUUUGGAAUUAUGAAAUAGAAGUUGGAUUAAAAUUCUUUGUAUUAAAAAUGAGACAUCUGUCAUAAAAGAUUUUAUUCAUCACUCAGUCGUAUUCAUAGGUGAAUUAAAAUUGUUCAAGAUUAGCUCAAAAAAUUUUUUUAUUCUAAAAGAUGAAAAAUGUCAUAUUUCAAUGACCAAAGAAACAUAGAUGAAAAAUUAAUAUAAUGGACAUUUCUAGGAGCACCACUUUCCUCAUUAUUCAAAGGUUUGUUCAUUCCAUUGCCCUCCAUGUACUUGUUUUGAUACCAUACUACUGGGCAUUUGGAAUGCAUUGGCCAUGGCACAUCUCUACAAUGAUACUGUUCUGAUUGUUUUCUAAUAUAUUAAUAACAUAAGUAUUUAAUAAUUUGUUAUUGUGGUGAUUUUCCAUAACAGGGGAGAGUUACUGUCAGUGAUAUAGCAAUAAAGUUAAAGAUCAAA